AUGCGAACCCUCGCGCUGGCAAGCAUAGUGCCCCGCGCUGAGAACAUAAAGAGCAGUGCUACACCCUUUUUUCACUUGUGCCUUUCAGGUGAACGACAGCCACUGACCGACAAGUACCAAAGUGAUCCGGAAUCUUGGGCAAAAGCCUCGAUCCUGUGUAUCAAUCCUAACCUUGAGAAGGGAAUCUUGUCUGGAGUCACGCUCCUUGGAAGCCUUCCCCGGAUAUAUAUGGUGUCCUUGGAUAUCCCGCUGCCUACAUAUGAAGAGUUAGAGACACCAGAGAUUAAGCUAACUGCAGUGCCAUUGCUCGCAGCUGGUAUACACCUUGGGAAGUUUUGCGAUGAGCAGUGCAAGGAGUUCAUGUUAUGUCGUUACGAGACCCACGAUCCCCGUGCGUGUCUUAAAGAGGGGAAACUUGUCACGAGUUGCGCUCAAGAUUUCUUCAGACGGGUGAAAAAACACUGCUCAGAGGAAUUCACUAGUUAUUUUACAUGUCUUCAUAAGUAUGGCGGCCCGUCUUACAGUCUUGAAAGAUGUCGGUCAGUCCAAUAUCCUUUCGAUGCCUGUCUCAAAGAACAUCUGAAUCUAGACCGACCAGAACCUGGUUAUUUCAAUCGUGUUCGACUACACAAGACCGAUCGACCUAAACCAGAGCCUAUGCUUGCUCCGAUGCCAGAGCAACUGCCUGACCUACCGAACUUUGCAGAUCUUCCGGAACCCAAGCGUAUGAAGGAGCGCCGAAAAAUCAACGACUGGUUCUUAUGACACAACACCCUUGUUACUCCCUGUUUCUAGAUUGGUAGCCUUUAGCGCUCCUCGCGGGAAGUCGAUCAAAUUACACUUCAUUCUUCUCUUUACCUUCUUCACUUUCUUAAAUGGACUAGCAUUCAAUUCAGUUGCAUGAAGGAUUUUCCUGAUGGGCCUGAUUGUUGCUACAUUGUUCUGUUCAAAAUAAUUCGAACUCAGUUCAUGCGCUUGAGUGACCCUGGUUUCAACAUCCACUAGCUGUCAGCUGCAGGAC